CAGUGGGACACUUUGACCACCACCAUCAUCAUCAUCACAUGCGAUGCAAAUCAGAUCUGUAGUCAGACGCAUAAUGAUGCCUUUAUUCAACAGUUGAGGACGUGGGCUCAGCCGUGCAGCUCUCUCUCUCUCUCAUCACGCACUGAUCCGGGAUCGGACGCAUGUCAUCUGCUCGGCUCCUGUCGGCGGAUCGGAUCGGAUCGGAUCGGAUGUGUGUGCUGUGAUGCAGGCGUGAGUGUCUCUGGACUUUGGCGUGUGUUCGGGAGCUGAAGCAGCAUGUGCGUGUGUUCUGCAUCAGUGUGUCAUUGACUCCGGCUCCGCAAGGAUCUUAUCACGGCAUUGCGGUGAGUGGAGAACUUGUGUGGGAUAGUCUCCGUGUCCAGCGCUCACCUUUACACUGCAGUCUCGUCUGUCACCACUGCUGCCGGGAUCGCUUUAAUAGCCGCUGUUAUUCGUCCAGUCGAGCAUUUCAAUCAUCCUGCCAUAUAAAGCGGUUGUUCUUCGACAGAGGUAGAUAUCCUUAUUAACGAACACAGGGGAUGUUUCCAUUUUAAAGCAGAAAUCUUCACCUCUUCAGAAGUCAUGGGACUCGGUCAGUCCAGCAGGACGUCGGUCAGCGAUGACCCAGAGGAGGUCAACUUUGACCACUUUCAGAUCUUGAGAGCCAUUGGUAAAGGCAGUUUUGGCAAAGUUUGCAUUGUCCAGAAAAAGGAUACGAAGAAGAUGUACGCCAUGAAGUAUAUGAACAAACUGAAGUGUGUGGAGCGCAAUGAAGUGCGCAACGUCUUCAAAGAGCUCCAGAUCAUGCAGAACCUUGAGCACCCGUUCCUCGUCAAUUUCUGGUACUCGUUUCAAGACGAGGAGGACAUGUUCAUGGUAGUCGACCUGCUGCUGGGAGGAGAUCUGCGUUACCAUCUACAGCAGAACGUGCACUUUACAGAGAGCAACGUCAAGCACUACGUGUGUGAAAUCGCCCUGGCCUUGCACUACCUGCGCAACAAACGCAUCAUCCACAGAGACAUUAAGCCAGACAACAUUUUGCUGGACGAGCACGGUCACGCUCAUCUGACAGAUUUUAACAUAGCUGCUAUUGUGAAGGAAGACUUAAAAGCCACAUCUAUUGCAGGGACAAAACCAUACAUGGCCCCAGAACUGUUCCAGUCGUUCGAGGGAACACACCCAGGUUACUCUUUCGCAGUGGACUGGUGGUCUCUAGGGAUCACUGCAUAUGAGCUUAUCCGUGGACAGAGGCCGUACAUUAUGCGCGCCAACACACCAGCCAAUGAGAUCCUGCAGACUUUCCACAAAGCGCACCCCUGUUACCCUGCGGCCUGGUCUACGGGGAUCAAAUCACUCUUACAGAAGCUGUUGUGUGUCGAUGCUCAGAAGAGGAUUUCCAGUCUCUCGGAGCUCCAGGACUUGGAAUACCUCUCUGAUGUCAAUUGGGAUGCUGUACUCAGCAAACAAAUCCCACCUGGCUUCCUCCCUAAUAGGCGACGACUGAACUGCGACCCCACAUUUGAGCUGGAGGAAAUGAUCCUGGAAUCCAAACCGCUGCAUAAGAAGAAGAAGAGGCUGGCGAGGAAGACGAGGGAGAGCGGCUCAGAUGGAUCUCCUCAGAAUGGGCAACUGCAGCAGCGCCUAGAGACGGUCCAAAGAGAUUUCAUUGUCUUCAACAGAGAAAAGAGGUUGAGGAAAACCAAAGCAGACGCUGAGACUAACAAUCUCAAUGCAGAAGAAACGAACAAAGCCAUUCAGGAUGGACAGAACAACAACGUCCAGCAUUGUUUACCAGGUUAACAUCUGGACACACUACAGCGUUCCUCCUCCUUUCACGGGAAGCUAACGGCGGAUCAGAUGCCCCGUUGCAGCCAUGGACCCCAGCAAAUGCAUGAGAAAAUCCACACGGGGAGACUGGAACAUCACGGAUUCUGGAUGGACGCAUCAACCCGGCGUGACCCUCAUGCCCUGCAUUAACUCAACAACUGACGGCGUACGCUGGUUUACAGUGACGGGCUGACUACACAAUCACACAUAUAAAGAAAUAACUGAAUGAUGAUGCUCUCUGCACCUGGCUAUGAAAUGUGUGCCUUACUACUUAAUGGAUUUCUCUAAUGCGUCUGGAGGCACGUGAAGAUUUACUGCUGUCUGAUUCAGCGAGUGAUCAGAUUCUAGCCGUUCGCCAUGAUUUAUAAAGCUGCUCAAAUGCAGAGGACAGAAUGCACAGAUCCUCAUUUCACCUCAUUAUGCCUCUGCGAUUCAUUCAGAUGAUGUAAAUGUGAACUUUACCGAGCUGCAGAAUAUUGUCAUUCAUGCCACUGAGAGCAUUUAUUUGUCCUUUCUGGUUCUUUUUUGGAGAUUCAUUGCCAGAUACUAUUGCGCUGAUGAAUAAGAUAUUGAUCACACUGUACAGACAAAAUAAUAAUAAAAUAAUUUAUUAGCAUCAUCUGACAAGUCUGACUAAGGUUUGCAUAGCCUAGGAAUAUUCACACAAUGUCUCAUAGAUUCAUGACGUAAAUUAAAAAGCUUUUCAUCUGAAGCUUCACACUGUAUAAAAAACAAAUCUGUAAAAAUAGGGCCUAAUAUACUGUGUUAAUAUGAGGUUUUUUAUUUAUUUUCACAGGUGUUUUACCUGUGUUUUAAAUAUACAUUGCAUUAUUUAUUGCGGCUAAAGAAAUGUCCAUAAACGUAAAUGAUAAUGUCAUGGCAGUACCUUUUCCAAAGCUUUUUCUUACAGUGCAGCUGUUUUUUUGUUUGUUUUUUUUUUUUGUUUUUUUUUUAAGUUUGCUGGAAAAAUACAACAAUGAAUCAAUAUCGCCAUCUAGUGGUCGGAUGAAUAUUAAACAUACAGACUUGUUAAAGAACAAUAAUUAUGAUAAAUAUAAUUUUUUUAAAAAAGCCAUAGGACUGGAACGCAAUUUUUGUUGUUUGUAAAUUGCUGUUGUUGUUGUUGUUAUUAUCUAAUUUAGAGGGCUUUUUAAUAUUUAGGAUGUUAUAUGUAAAACAUCAAAUUAAACUAAAUGUAAAGUUUAUUUCACAUUCUUUAUAUUAUUAUUAUUAGUAUUAUGGAUUAUACAGCUAAUUGCAUUUGACAGUCUAACAGAACCAUUAGCAUUUUUCCCAAAAUCAUGCAUUACACAAAUGCAGAAUGUGACUUUCUCAUUUAUUUUGGGGGUUUGAGAGCUGCAUGAAAACCCCGUCAUGUAUUUACUUUUUAACAAGAAUAACUUCAAGAGAUGUUUCCCUCAUUCACAUGAGUUUGGAUCUUCUGUGUGGAUCAUUUGACCUGUCUGAUUCUGACUCUGAUAUUCAGAUAUGUAUCUGUAACAUUUUUUAAUUUCCUCAAAUGAUUAGCAGAUGUUAUAAUUU